GAACAAAAGGCAUCUCUGAAAAACACCACUCAAAUAUAAUAUUACUAAAAUAAUGACGCGCUAGAAGAGGUAUGCCAUGUGAGUGAUCUCUGGGAGAUAAUGUAGACCAAGCAAUAAUGAUCCCUUGCAGAUAAUGUAGACCACGCACUAAUGACACCUGGGAGAUAAUGUAGACCACGCACUAAUAUUGUAUGAUUGAUUAGUACGGUUGUUGAAAAGACAAAUUCAAUGUUCGCUGUCAUUCAAUGAAAUUUUCAUACACGAAUAAACACACUUUCCCGCCAAAAAGGAAUAAUUGUCAGAGUUCAUUGAGAAUAUGCAAACAUGGUGUGGUACCCAUAUAAGGCUAAACGCAAAGAUAUGUUGGAGCUUGUCCAGAGAAGGGAUUUAGAGAUCUGUCAUAUCUGGAGCGGUUUAAAAGAAUAUAGUUUCCUACUAAACGCUUCAGACCUACACCAGGUGCUGUGAUUGAAGAAAACAAGAUAACGAGUGGUGUCUUUGAUCGAAAUGCAUCAGAUUUCAUGCAGCAGGACUGUUCCGAAAGACAUGGCACCGGGCGCAAUAAAAUUAUCCACACAAUCCAUCGAAAUGAGAAAAACACUGCUUUCCUUUACAUACGAUCUAUACUAAAACAAUAUCAAUUCUUUAAACUAGUCAGAUCAAAAUGAAAACCUAUCCAAAACUAUCAAAUAAAAAAAUGGUAAAACACCUAGAAAUUAUUCAGAACAAUAAAGUAUUAAAACUCAAAACUUAACAGACAAUAAUUAUUUUAAAAUUCAAGACUAGUCAAAUUGAUGUAAUAACAAAUCUCUAACCGAGUCAGAUAAAAAUCAAGGGAUAAGAUAACAAUGUGGUAUCUGCCAGAGACAUCUGCUUAUCUUAUCUCAAGUUGUAACUACAAGAUAUCGGUCAUUUGGACGGCGUGACCGUAGUCCUGUUUCUGAACUACGUCAGAAAGAUAUACUGUCAAUAUGACAAUUUCCCCAGCAUUCGUAUUCUUUUUGGUGUUUGCUGUUUACCAAGCAUCGGGUGAGGUAAAUACUACAGUAGCCACAUGUGGUGACGUUCUUCCCAACUGUCAGUCUUAUGGUAAGGUCGUGUGCGAUCACCCUUAUCAAAGUUGGGCCAGAAAAAAUUGCGCCAAGUUCUGUAGUUUCUGUGGUGACAACGCGUGCAAGGAUAUACUGCAUAACUGUGAGACCUAUGGUACCGCCGCAUGUAAAUCCCCGUACGUUACCUGGGCUACCAAGAAUUGUGCCAGGUAUUGCGGUAUAUGUGGAACAAUAAAGGUACCAACCCAUCCUCCAUUAGCUCCCUCAACGGCUGGUUGUCAUGACGAGGUAACGGACUGUAGUUCCUAUGGCCCGGAUGCUUGCAAGCAAUACGAAACCUGGGCCCGACAAAAUUGUGCCUCAUUUUGUGGAUUUUGCACAACAACAAAACCUACCAUACCAGCGUAUUUUUACACUGGGACCUUUCCACCAGGCUCCAACGGAACAUUAAACAGAUGUUUUUAUAAAGGACAGUUUUAUCAAACAAACGACUCUUGGCAAGACGGUUGUGAGUUUAACUGUACCUGUACGGACGAUACCAGAGGAAGAUAUAUGUGUUCAACUUUAUGCUACACGUGGACACUACCUAGUGUCUGCCAUUUAGAAACUCCACCCGGGAAGUGCUGUGCCAAACCAGUUUGUCCUGCGAAUUUCCAAAUACAAUAUCCGCCUGGCUACGUAGAUCACGACGUCUGAGACGAUGUAUCACUCCAGGACGUACUUCAUUAGAUAGGGAUCGAAUAUGUUUCCUAUUUAGCAAACAUUCAAUUCUGUCCUGACUUCAACUGUUCGUAUUUCGUUAUUCAGCAAUAUUUGUGAAGAAUAUAAUAUGUAAAUGGUA